UGGCGUGAGAAGUAAAGUUUUAACUCUAUUAUUAUUGAAAAUUAAAUUAUAUGUUAAUGAUAUUUAUGGUUACAUGAAUGUCUGCUCAGUAAUGCCAUUAUAACUAAAUAUAUGUAUGUAGUCAUUAAUUUUAUUAUUGUAUUAUACCACUGAAAUUGCAUCUCUAGCACAUGGAUGAGUAUAUAAUUAUCUAUAGCUAAAUGUGUAAAUAAGAAAAUAUACAAAAAAUAUGCAAUGUGUUGACUCAUUUCUGUGUAGAUUUUGUGUACAUGUACAGUGCAGAUAAAUGACGAUACUAUUUCAUGUAAAUACUUUUUUAAUUAUUACAAAACAAACAUAAUUAAAUAAAUAAGAUUAUUUAGCAUAAACAAAUGUCGAACUCAGAGUUUAUCGCUACCGACACAAUUGAUGGUGUCUGGCCUUUUUUGCAAAGCAUCGAAUGGAAGGAUCCAUGGCUAGCAAUUUUAUUAGCGUUUCAUAUCGCUGUAACAAUGACUGCCUUGAUGACCAGAAAUCACGCUAACUUCCAGAUAAUAUUAUUCCUAAUACUCUUACUCUUAGUUUAUUUUUCGGAAAGUAUAAAUGAAGUUGCGGCCAGUAAAUGGAUGUUAUUUUCAAAACAGCAAUACUUCGACUCUAAUGGCCUUUUUAUAUCUAUAGUAUUUUCCGUACCAAUAUUGCUGAAUUGUAUGAUAAUGGUCGCAAGUUGGCUUUAUCAAUCCAGUCAAUUAACAACAAAUUUAAAACGAGCACAACUUCGGCAGCGGGCUAAAAUUCGUCAAAGUGGUGAUGCUGCGUCUAGCGUAACUAACAAGUCAAAAGACGAAUAGUUAUACUAAAUCUAGUCAAAGUAAUUUAUUACUUAUCAAAAUAAUUAUUUAAUUGUUGGUUAUUAACAGUUAAUCGACAGCGAAUUAUACCAGGAAUUCAAAGUGAUUUAUGGAGUGUUAAUCAUCGAAAUUAUUCAUUUUUUAUAAUUUAAGCUUUUAUUUUAUAAAUAUCAAAAUACGGCUUUAAUUUUAAGUUGCGUUAUCUUAUUAUUAUUUUAAUCGAAAAUAUAAAUAUACCUAUCAUGAGUAAUAAUACACUGUAAAAAACGGGAGUGAAUUUUGAGUAAAUACGGAUUUUAAUUAAAUACGAAUUCACUUCGUCAUUCGGAGUUCCGGAGUUUUAGAAAAUGAUUUAUACUCCGCAUACGGAGUAAAUAGGGAGCUUGUUUUUUUAACGGAGGAAUUCCGAAGUGAUCUGGCUUUUAUUUUAUUCCGAAUUCACUUUGAUUCGGACUUUUAAUAUUAAAAUAAACUCCCCUUCGGAGUGAAUUUUACUCCAAGGGGAUUAAAUAAAUACACAGUCAUCAGCUUCGCAUUAACUCCGGAUUGAAUCCGCGUUUACUCCGCAAAUUUUUUACAGUGUAUUAUAUAUGAAUGAAAAAAAAAAAAUAAUAAAA